UGUUGCUGGGGGCUUCCUGACCCUUUGCUUUGGACAAAAGGCAAGAGGCUCCUGCGACAGACUGGGAAAAACCAGUCAUGAGAAUCCAAGAUGCUGCAAGAAGAAGCGUCUGUGGAAACGAGAGGAAAACAGAACAACGCAACUGAAGUCCAGCCUCCUCCUGGUCCAGCUCUCCUAACGGAGGCCUCCCAGCUAUCAGACGCAUUGAAGAAGCCUGGACAUGACCUUCAGAGGCCAACAUGUCCUCGGUGUGGCGUCCCAGUCACUGAAAAGAGACUCAAACCUGCCUCACAGCUGCAGAGCCAACCGCAGGGCUCAGUGCACAGCGGCCAUAAGGGCAGCGAUAGUAGGAGAGGAAGGGCCAGAUCCAACCAACCUGCUCCUACACCUGCAGACUCCUGCUUUCAGCUGCUGCUGGCGUGUCUGUGGUGCCGGUUCUCUGCGGUGCUCCUGGGUGUUCUGGAGGCCUCCUCCUGCUGCCUCCAGGGCCUCUGCUCCUCCUGCUGCCACGCCUGCUCCUCCUGCUGCUCGGCCAUCCAGGACGCCCCCGCUGAGGAGUUCAGCUGCCCCACCCACUGCCACUCGGUGCUGUUUGAGUCUUGUUGUGAACCCACAGAGUUUCUGGAGUUCUGCCUGGACUGCUGUGAGAUCUGUCACCGCGGCUAAGCCAGUAGUCUAUCUGAAGGGAUGCAAACGUGCACCCAGAAAAUAAGAUGACUGUUGGUCUGUCUUAAAAGUUCAACAAAAUAGAAA